CGCGGGGCUGCCGGCCUGCCGCCGCCAUGAGGAGCGCGCCGCGCCUGCUGCUGCUCGCCCUGCUCGUCUUUCCCGCCGCCCUGCUGCUCCGGGGCAGCGGCGCAGGUUCAGGCUUAUUAGCUGCAGCUCAGGAUGCUACAGAAGAUGAGGAAGCUGUGGAAGAUACUGUAGUUGAAGAUGAAGAUGAUGAAGCUGAAGUUGAAGAAGAUGAGCCUACAGACUUGACAGAAGAAAAAGAGGAAGAAGACUUGUCAGGAGAACCUAAGGCCUCACCUAGUGCUGAUACAACAAUAUUAUUUGUCAAAGGUGAAGAUUUUCCAGCAAACAACAUUGUGAAAUUCCUGGUAGGCUUCACCAAUAAGGGUACAGAAGACUUCAUUGUUGAGUCUCUUGAUGCUUCGUUCCGGUACCCUCAAGACUACCAGUUUUAUAUCCAGAACUUCACAGCUCUCCCCCUCAAUACAGUAGUUCCGCCACAGAGACAAGCAACAUUUGAGUACUCUUUCAUCCCUGCUGAGCCUAUGGGGGGCCGUCCUUUUGGAUUAGUUAUCAAUCUCAACUACAGAGAUGCAAAUGGUAAUAUGUUUCAAGAUGCUGUCUUCAAUCAAACGGUUACAAUUAUUGAAAAAGAAGAUGGAUUGGAUGGAGAAACGAUCUUCAUGUACAUGUUCCUUGCUGGACUUGGUCUCCUUGUUAUUGUUGGCCUACAUCAGUUACUAGAAUCUAGGAAGAGAAAAAGACCAGUACAGAAAGUUGAAAUGGGAACAUCGAAUCAGAACGAUGUUGAUAUGAGCUGGAUUCCCCAGGAAACUUUAAAUCAAAUAAUGCAAAGUAGAAGAGAUAAAGCUUCACCAAGGAGGUUGCCCCGCAAGAGGGCACAGAAGAGAUCAGUGGGCUCUGAUGAACUCAUCCCACCAGGAGUUAAGGAGACGCAGGUUCUCAGCUGCCCUGUACUCCAGAACUGGAUAUGCGACUCGGAUGAUUCUUUGCCUCACCGUCCUGUGAAAUGCACUUUAUUUAUACGAAAUCAUAUAAAAUGUAGCUAAGGCAGCUCCAACGUGCUACAACAAAGGAUUUAUCUUCUUUGGACAAUUGCAUGUGGCUUCCCUGUACAUCCUGAAGACUUCACAGCCGUACACAUUUACGCAAAACCAAAACCAGGAUGGCAAAAACCUCCUUCAUUUGCACAGAGAAGAUCCCAGCACCUCUCCAUCACCGUGCCAUGCUGUUGGGACACACAGGUGUGGCUGCAGCUAACAGAAGGCCAUGCCACUGGAGCCAGCACCUGCAUGGGAUAAUCAGCUCCAACGCGGUCUCUUCUGUUUCCAAUUGCUAUUUUAAGAAGAUGCCCUCAAAGCAGAGCACCAUUUCAAAGGGUUUUGGCUUCCAGAGAGUAGAACAGCAAAUGCAUGUGGUUGCCAAAGUGCUGCCUCUGGCUUAGUCCAAGCGAGGGAAGAGAAACAGCAAUGCUGCUCUGCGGGGCACCUCUGCUUCACACGCUGUCCUCCAGCUCAAAACCAAGCGCCAACAAACCCACAAGAAGAGCCACGUCCAUUUUGGAACCUCUAAUUUUUAAAUAUAACAUUUUAUUGCUUAGAUGGUUUGAUACAGAACAACUUUUAUUUUGAAUUUGGAAGUACUGUACAACUGAAUAAAAAGAGGAAUAAAAGUACCAAAACAAA